AUGAACGUGAAGACGAAGGCCAUCGAGAAAUCUCCAUUUCCUUCGAAGAAGGAGUUGCUUCCAUUUUUGGGAUUAAGUGAUGAUUCAACCAGGAGUUUAUCCAAACUUCAGCAGUAUGGUGCCACCAUUAACAGAUUCACUGAAAAACACAAAAUGUUGGUGGAUGGAACAAUGCCAGGAGGUCUGAAAACAUUGGAUCUUGGUAAUCCUAUCAAGAUUGGUCCUCAUCUUGCAGUGAACGUGGAGAACAACAUUGUGGUAGAAUUUCACCCUCAUGGUCUUCCCAUCCAAUUCCGCACCUUUCCAAAACACCUGCGUUAUGCUUCAAAUGUACUGGAUGAAAUUAGAGGAGGAGGAAACACAGUUAUAGCCAUUACCUUAACGGCCCAUUUCACCCCUUUUCCUGUCGAAGUCUAUAUUCGGAGAAUACAGAAUAUCAGGAGAUCAAUUCUACAGUUACUCGACAGGAGCCCGGAUAUACUGAUUGUAAUAAAGACAGCCAAUGUCCAGGAACAGCCCCCACACAUCAUUAACUCUGCCAGUGACUGGUACGCUUAUCAGUUUGAUUCAGUGAUGAGGAAGAUGUUCACAGGCAUCAACGUGUAUGAUAAAACUGCAAUUGUUGAAUCUGAGUCCAUAUGGAGGAGAUAUCCAAUUCCAAAGUUUAAUCACACCAUGAGGCAGAAAGCAGAGACAAGGAAUCUCCAUUGGACAGACAAACUGUUGCAUAAUGGCUACCAGAAUCACAGCUUCACCCCUGAAGAAAGGUCAGAGGGAGCAUUCCUUAUGAAAAUGAUCGAAUGGCCUAAAUCACCCAACUCUUCGGUGGCAUUUCGGAAAAGCAGUGACCCAGCACAUGUUCGUUUUGUAAUUUUAAAUUCUGCAAAGAGUUUCCAUGUGGGAGACCAGUUACAAGUGAUGCUGCAGAUGAGAGAUUUUGAAGGUCACCCAAAGCGAUAUGGGGGUGACUAUCUCCAAGCUCGGAUCCACACCCCAGCUUUAAAAGCUGGUUCAGCAGGAACUGUUAUAGACAAUGAAAAUGGAUUUUACUAUAUCAAUUUUACUUUAUUUUGGCCGGGGAAAGUUGAAGUUUCUGUUUUACUGGCUCAUCCCAGUGAAGGGAUCCAAACACUUAAAAGACUACGUGAGGAACGACUAACGAGAGCAUAUUUUCAAAGUAUCUUCAAGAAUGGGAACAUUAUAGAGACUACUCAAUGUAAUCUUUAUUUGCCUCAGACUGAGCCACUCUGUAACUUUACUGAUCCCAGGACUGGGGAACCCUGGUUCUGUUACAAACCAAAGAAACUUCCCUGCUCUGCUCGUAUUAGCUCGACUGUAGCAGGAUUUCUAACACAUCUCUUCAUUGGAGAAGAGAAGCUUUAUUUCCAAAGUCAUAUCAACCUCAAGCAGCCCAUAUUACCCAGUGGCACGGGAUACAUAAUGGUAGAGCCUUCACCUCGACCAAUAAAACCUUUUACUUCUUUAAAAACCUCUCCGGGUCUUGGAAAAUGUGUCCGGGGACAGCCCGUUGUAUCACCAUCUGGUUUUUAUUAUAAGGACCAGUGGAUGUCAACGACCUGCAAUAUUUAUCACUUUGACACUCCUGCAAAAAUGACAGACUGUCUUCGUGGAAAAAAAGUUUAUCUGUUUGGAGAUUCCACUAUGCGUCAGUGGUUUGAAUAUUUAACUCAAUCCAUUCCAGGUCUGAAAACAUUGGAUCUUGGUAAUCCUAUCAAGAUUGGUCCUCAUCUUGCAGUGAAUGUGGAGAACAACAUUGUGGUAAAAUUUCGCCCUCAUGGUCUUCCCAUCCAAUUCAACACCUUUUCAAGACACCUGCGUUAUGUUUCAAAUGUACUGGAUGAAAUUAGAGGAGGAGGAAACACAGUCAUAGCCAUUACUUUAGCAGCCCAUUUCACCCCUUUUCCUGUUGAAGUCUAUAUUCGGAGAAUACAGAAUAUCAGGAGAUCAAUUCUACAGUUACUCGACAGGAGCCCGGAUACACUGGUUGUCAUAAAGACAGCCAAUGUCCGGGAACAGCCCCCACACAUCAUUAGCUCUGCCAGUGACUGGUACGCUUAUCAGUUUGAUUCAGUGAUGAGGAAGAUGUUCACAGGCAUCAACAUGGUAUUUGUUGAUGCCUGGGAGAUGACAAUAGCACAUUACCUUCCUCACUAUAUACAUCCCGGGAGAAUUAUUAUAAAGAAUGAAAUAGAUGUGUUUCUUUCACAUGUGUGCCCUUCUGCUGCAAAGAAGUUCUCAAGUAUAGCUGGGACCGUGAGUUCUGUCAUGGAGUUUGCCUCCACGUUCACAGUGGAACAGAUGGACUCUGACGUCUGCACAAUGUCCUCUGCAUCCUCCAGAAACCAUGGCAAUGCCAAGAGGCCAGUACACUAA